AUGCUCAGAGCUGUGCUCCCAGUCUCUCCGCUCGAAGAAGAAGAAGACAGUGUCGCGUUUAAUCCGCGUGUCAUACAAUCGUUUGUUUUAUCGUCGGCUAAACCGAUUCUCUCGCCUCCCUAUUGUGAUGGAGUGACAUUCGAAGGAAUAACGUCGACAGAGUUCGAUGAUGCCAAUUGUCUUCUCGUUUCGUGUAACCCAACAUGUCAAUUCAAUGGACCCUCAACCCUCAAUUCUUCCGGAGUAUUAUCCGUUCUCAUCCAUCGUAUCAGAAAUGAAACGACGACAAUUCCAACAACAACAACUAAAUCUUCAUACAUUCCUGAAUUCCGUGCAGUCCUUUCUCCUUUCUGGUUCCUUGCCGUUGCAAUCGGAGUUGCUGCAAUUUGUUUCGGACUCAAUGUAACACUUUGUGUCGUCUAUUGUUUCUAUUGUCGAAGGAAAAAACGAAGUCAAAAAGCACAUAUAUCCACUGUUAAAGGUGGACCAACAUUACAUGCUUAUAAUCCACAAAUAUGA